AUGACGACAAUAAAACUACCAUCCUCAGGUACUCCGGUGACCCUGCCGGACGGCCUCUCGCAGCAAACGCUGCAAGACUUCUCGCCUUUCAACCGUUGGCUCGAUAAACUGACAAGUUCCCUAAAGCUACAACACACAAACCAAUCGCACCCCUUUCAUGAGGAGCCAUAUGCGCUGCGCGGCAUAACGAUCCAGUCGUACGACCUGUUCGGCGGCGAGCGCCUGGGGUUCCUGAAGCUCAAGGCGGACGUGUCGAACGACCAGGGCGAGACGCUGCCGGGGGCCAUCUUCCUGCGCGGCCCGAGCGUCGCGAUGCUGGUGAUGCUGGUGCCCGACGACGUCGCGCCGGGGAGUCGGGAGGAGGAGGACGAGAGGCACGUGGUCCUGACCGUGCAGCCCCGCGUGCCCGCCGGGAGCCUGGAGUUCGUCGAGCUGCCCGCCGGCAUGGUGGAUGGCGGCACGUUCUCCGGCGCGGCGGCCAAGGAGAUCCACGAGGAGCUGGACCUGGUCAUCCAGGAGUCGGAGCUCAGGUCCCUGAGCGACCUGGCGGGAGGAGGGGAACGGCAGGAGCCAGCGGGCGGUGAGGGCCUUCCCGAUGCUAUGUAUCCGUCUGCAGGUGGCUGCGACGAGUUCAUCCCGAUUUUCAUGCACGAGCGCCGCGUGGACAGGAAGAGUCUGGACGAAUGGACCGGUAAGCUCACCGGGCUGAGAGAUCAUGGGGAGAAGAUCACGUUGAAGCUGGUGAAGAUGAAGGACCUUUGGAAGGAGGGAAGGCGUGAUGCGAAAUGCUUGGCGGCCGUUGCUCUGUGGGAGGGCCUCAGACGAGAGGGAAAGCUGUAA